AAGGUGAGUAGACCUAGGAGCUCUGGGGAAACUGAGCCAGGCCCAUCUGGGUACUCUGGGAAUGAGUGGCCAGAAUCCACGCAGGAAGGCCUGCCAUCCCGGUAGCGCAGGUCCUGUGGAGCAGGGUGCCUGAGAGCCCUCCUUUCCCCUACGUGGCUGCCAGGAGCCAGCCCAUGCCUGCACCUUCCUCACAUGAAGAAUGGGGAUGCCCUGAAGCGCUCCUGUUGGACACUGAACAUUCGUGGGCGCCUCCUUUCUCCGUAUGGCUAGGCGCUGAGGAAGGCCAGGCUGUAGAGGAUACACUGGAUGCCCAGAGAUGUCCCACAGUCUAGCGAGGGUCACUGCAAACUUAGAGAGUAGACGGAGGUCGAAGAGAAUCACUGUAGGGACAGCGACAGCGGGGUGUUCUGAGGCACAGGAAGGACUAAGGCAGUGCCUAAGGAGGGCUGGGUCUGGCCUGCAGGAGACAGAGGGUAAAUGUGGCUGGCAAUUUCUAGACAGGACAAGAGCAGGAAUCCAGAACCCUUGCUGUCUCCCACUUGUCUGUGGAGCCAAAUAUGGACAUAGCCUGGCAUCUUGUGGCUACUCCGUGCUGGGGCACUCCCUAAGGGUGGUCACAGUUGGCGUCUCCCAGAUCUGAUAUGGGCUGUGGACGGGGGCUGUUUGUAUUAUAAAAGGUGGUGCCCGCCCCCACCUUUCCCAUCCCUUCCAGCCGACAGGAUCAGCUCCGCCACGCUUCUAGCCCGAUUUGCCCUGUUCCCUUAUAGACAUCUUCCAUAUAUCUCCUUUACCUGGGAACUAGGGCCAGCCACCGGGGGCUACAGGGUCCUCCCGUCCACUUACCAUCCCCAGAAGGCCGAUAGUUGUGAGUCUAUGGUCAACACUGUGGGGCUGGGGGUGUAGCUCAGUGGUGGUGCCAUAGCCUAGCAUCUGCGAGACCCUGAGCACCAUCCUGUACUAAAACUAAAUAAAUCAGCUCCCAGGGCUGGCAGAUGGUUCAGUGGGCAAAGGUACCCACAGCACAAGCCUGACACCUGAGUUCAAUCCAGGAAACCCACAUAAAGGCAGACAGAACCAGCUCAGCAAAGUUGCCCUUUGACCUCCAUAUUCACUUGUGGUUCAAGCGCACGCGCGCGCGCUCACACACACACACAACCAGUAGAAUUAAACAACCCCCCCAAACUAAAGUGUAUAUAUCUAUGAUAGUGCCAUAAUGAAAUCCACUACUUUUUAUAACUUUGUAUAAAAAUCAAAACAAACAAAAACUACUGUGAGCUCACAGCAGGGCAUGGCUCCAGGGACACGGGUGCUCCAGCAAGAGGACGCCCCAGCUAGACUGCUAAGCGCUGCAUUCUAGCAAGGACUCAGGGCAGGAGGGAGGGCUGUUUUGUGGAAGGUCUUGAUGUGUUUAAUAUAAACAGACUCUGGAGAAGACCCCUGCCACCUGGCUGAAUGUAAUGUUAGCGGACAGCCGAGUCAGCGUGUAGCUCAGAGACAGAGCCCUGGUCUAAGAUGUUCAAGCCCCAGGGUUCCAUCCCAGCACCUGAGGAAGGUUGGGAAAGUGUCCUCGUGGACCUCUAAUCCCCACAGUUCAGGAGUCUAAGGUGGGAGGAUUGAAGCUUGAGACCAACCCGGGCAAUACAAUGGGGAGAUAUCGCCAAAUGAAUAAAAUAACAAGACAGUGGCCAUUAGUGACACAGAGUGCCCAUCCCUGUCAUCCCAGCACUCUGGAAGUAGAGACAGGGAUCAGGAGUUCAAGGUCAUCAUUGGCUGCACAACCAAACUGGGAUACACAAAACUACGUCUCCAAAAGCCCAAAAUUGAAAUUUUUUAUAUACUAAAGGUGUGGCCCAGCACUCAGGAGGCAUUGGCAGGUGGAACUCCGGGAGUGCUAGGCUAGCCUGGUCUACCUUAGAAAGUUUCAGGCCAGCCAGAGCUCCAUAGCGAGGCUGUGUUCAUGGAAACCUGUCUCCGCAGGGAGGAGGUAAUGAAUGCCUUUAAUCCAUCAUCUGAAUCUGACAAUUGUUAAAUUUUACUGUUUGCCUUAUCUAUAUUUUACUAAUGUAAUUUAAAGGAAAUUCCAUCGUGGCUUUACCCCUAAAUAUUUCAUUAGACGUGUCUAUAAAAUAAGCACAUUUCCCCCGCGUAACUGUGAGUGCCAUUAUCCCACCUGACACACUGAGCGGGAAUGCAAGACUGCCAUCCGACGUUCACUCUGCAGUGACUGUCCCCAGAUGCCCUUCCUCGCUAACUCGUCUAACCACGACUUCAUUGGGGAGUUCACCACCAGCUACCGAGAGCUGGCGCGGGGCCAGAGUCAGUUCAACAUCUAUGAGGUGAUAAACCCAAAAAAGAAAAUGAAGAAAAAGAAAUACGUGAAUUCUGGCACGGUCACGCUGCUUUCCUUCGCUGUAGAGUCAGAGAGCACCUUCCUGGACUACAUCAAAGGAGGAACACAGAUCAAUUUCACCGUGGCCAUUGACUUCACCGCCUCCAAUGGGAACCCCUCGCAGUCCACAUCCCUGCACUAUAUGAGCCCCUACCAGCUGAACGCUUAUGCGCUGGCGCUGACCGCCGUCGGGGAGAUCAUCCAGCAUUACGACAGCGACAAGAUGUUCCCUGCCCUGGGCUUCGGGGCCAAGCUGCCCCCUGACGGCAGGGUGUCACAUGAGUUCCCACUGAAUGGCAACCAGGAGAACCCCUCAUGCUGUGGCAUUGACGGCAUCCUGGAGGCGUACCACAGCAGCCUGCGCACGGUGCAGCUCUACGGCCCCACAAACUUCGCCCCUGUAGUCACCCACGUAGCCAGGAAUGCCGCCACUGUGCAGGAUGGCUCCCAGUAUUCUGUCCUGCUCAUCAUCACUGAUGGCGUCAUCUCUGACAUGGCGCAGACAAAGGAGGCCAUCGUCAACGCUGCCAAACUCCCUAUGUCCAUCAUCAUUGUCGGUGUGGGCCAGGCUGAGUUCGAUGCCAUGGUGGAGCUGGACGGUGAUGACGUGCGGAUCUCCUCCCGGGGGAAACUGGCUGAACGGGACAUUGUCCAGUUCGUGCCCUUCCGGGACUACGUGGACCGUACCGGCAACCACGUGUUGAGCAUGGCCCGCCUGGCCCGGGAUGUGCUGGCCGAGAUCCCCGACCAGCUGGUGUCCUACAUGAAGGCACAGGGCAUCCGCCCACGCCCACCACCCGCCGCACCUGCUCAGUCACCCCCACAGUCCCCAGCCCACUCACCCUCUGAAUCCCCCCUCCACACGCAUAUCUGAAACUCGCAGGACCAGGGGCCUGGAGGCUGAGACCUCACUUUCCUUGUGGUCGCCUUCUCAGACUCUUCUUGGAGGACUGGCAAGAGAUGGGGUGUCCAUGAUCUCACCCCACUUCCUGGCCUCAAUUUCCCACCCAAAUCCAGGGAACUGGGGGUGGUGUAGAAGACAAGGGGUACAUAGGAUUCUGCGGUUGAGUAGACUCCCCUAGCCUGUGUUGGAUAGUCCCAGACUCCCCUAUUCUUGCAGGCCUCCUCUAGCUCCCCUCCCCUCUUGCCCUAGUGUCUAGUGUCCCCAGUCCCUUGAGAUCCCCUGUCCUGUGUCCAGGGAACCCCAGGUUGAUGGGCUACCAGGGAUGUGUGACUGACUUUCUUAGGGACACUUUGUGAGCAGAGCCUGUGAGCCAUCAGGGACUGUGAUGGUUAGCUAAGAGUCAGUCCCUUCGCAGUCCUCAAAGGCUUGGCGGUAUGCUAGAAUGUUCUAGAUGCACAUUUGCAGCCUCACUGGAGCCGUCACAGGUAGCUUGUGGCAUUGAGAUGUCUCCUGCUCACCUGGGAGGCCACUCACCUGCAGGGCACAGGGCCAGCCCCUGUACUUUGUCUGGCCUCCUCUCUGCCCUUCAAUGGCUCUGGGGCCAGGAGCCCUGAGCACCAGCCUGUCCCCACCCAGCGCAGCCUCUGCUCUCUGGACCUCAGUGUCCACACCUCCGUGACGACAGGAUUGGUCAGGUGGUCCAGCGUUUCCUGAGCCAUCCUGAGGGUCCAUCCAUUCCACACCCAGCCUCCCCAUCCCCCCUCAUGACUGCUGUCCACACCCAGGCUAUCUAGACUCUGGGGUUACCCCGUUGCAUCCUGUCACCCACACCCCAGCCCUUCAGAGCUCCUGCCCCUGCCGUGGAAGGUAGCAAGGAACUUUCCACCUAAGGUUACCCCACUGGGGCAGGUCUUGCAUGUGUCCCUUAUACCGCAUGGGGUCCCCGCCUACCAUCUCCCAUCCCACCCGCCUCUGUCAUGCAAUGAUGGUGGUGUUUCUGCUGUCUGGUCCUGUGCCUGUCUGAGACUGUCUCUGUGGAAAUUUGCCUUAAACUGAAGUAAAUUGGUUCUUUUAGUAGAAACAUGUCCCAUCUCCUUAGAAAACAGCUCCGCCGCUGGCCCAGCCGCUCUGCUACCUCAGUUCUUUGGUUCAGCCAUGGCUCUGUAUGACCCUGUGAGAGGCAUGGGGUAUGUGGCAGGGGAUGCCCCUCAGAAACAUCCCGGAAGACAGGAAGGACAGCAGUGUGCAGACACUCGGGUCUGUAGCUUGGCUUCGGACAGUGGGAAGAGUCUGCAGCAAUGGGAGAGAAUGGAGGAUCAGACAGCAGAAGAGAUAUUUAAAUGAGACAGUCAGAUG